ACAUUCCAUAAUGUCAUAAACAACGAAUUAACCUCGACCUCCGUAACUCGCCAUAGUAACAACCCAGCCACUACUGAGCCCAAUCCAGAAGUCCCUGUCGCCACGCAGGAGGAUCUGGACAAGGCAGUCCAAGCGGCCCGGGCCGCGUUCAAGACAUGGUCAAAGACUUCUUUCGAGGAGCGCCGUACCGCGCUCCAUGCAUAUGCUGAUGCGAUUGAAGCCAACGCCGAUGGAUUCUCCAAGACCCUUACCAUGGAGCAGGGCAAACCCCUGUCCCAAUCUACGGUUGAAGUCGGCAUGGCAAUCACGUGGGUCCGGGGACUGACCAGCUUUGAAAUUCCCACGCACACCAUCGAAGAGACUGAAGAUCGCAAGAUCAUCCAGAGGUAUACACCUAUGGGCGUGGCGGGUGCUAUCGUUCCGUGGAAUUUCCCGGUGCUUUUGGCCAUUGGAAAGAUUGUACCUGCCGUGUAUACUGGAAACACGGUCAUUGUGAAGCCUUCGCCAUUCACUCCGUACUGUGAUCUGAAGCUUGCGGAGCUGGCUACUCGGUUCUUCCCUCCGGGUGUUGUGCAGUGUCUGAGUGGAGACGACAGUCUGGGCCCUAUGAUGACCGAGCACCCUGGCAUUGACAAGAUCUCUUUCACUGGAUCAAUUGCCACCGGUAAGCGAGUCAUGACUAGCUGUGCUAAGACAUUGAAGCGUGUUACCCUCGAAUUGGGCGGUAAUGACCCAUGUAUUGUCUGCGACGAUGUUGACAUUGAGGCUGUUAUUCCCAAGAUUGGAAUACUCUCCUACCUGUGCAGCUCCCAAAUCUGCAUGAUGAUCAAACGUCUCUAUGUGCACGAGAGUAUCUACGACGAGUUCCUGGAGAAAUUGGUUGCAUUCGUCAAGUCUCUCAAAGUUGGCGAUGGAACCGAGGCCGACGUCUUCGUCGGUCCCGUUCAGAACAAAAUGCAAUAUGAAAAGGCCAAGGACCUAUUCACUUCCAUAUCCUCCGAGAAACUCAACCCCGUCCUUGGUGGCUCCAUUGAGGAAUCAAAGGGCUACUUUAUCCACCCGACCAUCAUCAGCAACCCGCCCGAGUCCUCCCGUGUGGUCCAAGAGGAACCGUUCGCGCCUAUCCUCCCCGUUAUGAAGUGGUCAGAUGAGGAGGAUGUCAUCCAGAAAGCUAAUGCACUGGAAACUGGAUUGGGUGCCUCGGUCUGGAGUAAGGACUUUGAACGUGCCACUCAUAUCGCUGAUCAAUUGGAGUCGGGUACGGUUUGGGUGAACUCACACUUUGAUGUUUCGCCUACGGCGCCGUUUGGUGGACACAAGUUUAGCGGUAUCGGUGUUGAAUGGGGUCUGUCUGGUCUUUUGAGCUACUGCAACUCGCAGACGCAGUGGUUGAAGAAGAGCUUUUAG